UGUCCGAGGCCUUGACGCAGCUGUCCACCCUGGACAGUCUCCGCAGAACCAUCGACGGUCUCAAAUGUUCUCUGGAGCGCUUCAUGAAUAACGGCUCUGUGGACGUGGGCUGCUGUCCCCUGGGCUGGGACCCUUUCACGUCCAGCUGUUUCCUGUUCAGCAGACAGUCUUUGUCUUGGCACGAAGCCAGAGACUUCUGCAACGGACAGCAGGGACACCUGGCUGUCCUGCUGACGGACAAGGACUGGGACUUUGUGACCCGCCACACCUCGGGAACCUUCUACUGGAUCGGGCUGACGGACGAGCGGGGCAGCUGGGAGUGGGUCAACCAGACCCCGUAUGCGAUGAACCGCAGGCAGUGGAUGCCCGGACAGCCGGACGCCUGGACGCGUCAUGGACUGGGACUGGGGGACGAGGACUGCGCUCACCUUCACUUUGACGGCCGUCUCAACGACCUGCACUGCUCCCCCGGCUGCGCUUCGUCUGCCAGAGACACAGCCACAGAGUGCAACGACGAGAGACAAUAA